AUGGGAGGAAAGGCUGGCAACACUGCAGCUAGUACAACGAGCUCUUCCUCUUCGGCUCAGGUAACUAGAACAACGGCGCUAGAUUUACUUCGAAAAGCUGAUGAUUCGCUAGCGUUGUUGGCAAGGAAUAAUGGCGAGAAUAGUCGCAGAGAUAUAACUUCUCGAUUACACGAAGAGAAUUGGAUUCAAUUAGUAUUUGGGGCCAUGAACGACUCUAAGCCCCCACUCGCUGAGUUACGCUUUCUCAGUAGAGUUUUCGAAAAGAUAGUCGACUUCGUUAUAUCAGAUCCGUCCUGUGUGGUUGAAGACGCUGCGAAAUCUGUACUUCGUAAUCAAAGAGCGGAUUUCAUUAGAUUUCUAAAUGAGCUCUAUAGUGCAGAGAUCGUUUUCUACGGUGCAUCGUUGUGGCUUGCAUAUUGCAAACUGACUGUGACGCUUUUUGGAACAAAGAUGCCAGCUAAAGAUUGGAACGAUUUCUUUACUACUAUGGAAACUUGGUUCAAAAUUUCUGAUAGAGAAGCGGUGGUAAUCUGUUUAGGAGCUUGGACUUCAUUCAUCAGUUUCGUCGCACCGAAGCUAAGCAGCGGUGUCUUGCGAGACAAACUUUUUGCAACAUUUUCAAAACCUCUGCGAUCUCAUGCUGUCAUAAACAAGUUGCCUACACCAGCACCUAUAAUCUCUGCAUAUACUGCUCUAAUCACCUCGUCUCCUUCCAGUGUUGAUGAGAGAUUCGAAGAGCUAAUCGUUUGCUUCCUAUGCUUCUUGGUUGGCAAACCUGUUGUGGCGUACAAAGAUGAAAAGAUAAUCGAGGCCGAGAUAGCCAAGCCGGUCCAGGAAAAAAGCUUUAAUCUUGUAUUGAAAGGAGCCAGCACGGAUUUUUCAGACUAUCUCACUGAUCCACGACCUCAUCGAGUUUUUAACAAUGGUGCACUGACGCACGUAUUUCCUCUGAUUUGUUCAAUUCUCGGAGCUGCGAAUUCAAGAGGAGAGAUUCCUGUAUGUGCUAAUGCCCCGGAUUUGAUGCUAAAGUAUGGCGUUUUCCUUGGUCAAGUUGUGCGCAUUGCUGGUCACGAAGCUAUUAGUGAAGCUGACGCGAACUCGAUAUGCUCUUGUUUUGCUGAAUUAGGCCGUCGAAUUGAAGCCAUCGAGGAUGCUGAUGCACGGCACAGGGAAUCGCGAUUUCUUUUCAUUCAGAUACGCGCUUGGAUUGGUGAGAGCCGUAGGAAAGUCGAAGAAAUAGAGGGUGCCCUUUGUCAACUAUUUCGAGCUCAAAAUCUAUCCAUCCAUGCAAACUCAGUAGGAGAGUGGCCAGCACUGAAUUUACUUAGAGCCAUGCUAGAGAAAUCACCAGCUAAGAUCAGGCGAGCUACUUUUGCUCCUUCCUUUCGACAUAUCGUUGUUAAUAAAGUCAUUUGUAGUGAAUUCCUCGAAAUCAUCCCUGGAACCCUUUGUGGUGGGCUCGAGACUGAUGGCAUUGUUUUGGAACGGCUCAACCAUAUCUGCGGUGUCGUAGAAGAGCACAUUAAUGUUUUUGAUAAGCAGUCAGUACUCAAGACAUGGUCACAGCUAUCUGCACUAUUGACCGAUUUUAUUAAAAAGACUGACGAUAUCAACGAGGGUAACUUGUUGAAACCGAAUUUUUCUACCACGUUCAAGCUUCUCGCAUUACUUUUCAAAAUUGCGAACCACGUGGAUGAGGAUGUAAGUGUGGACAUCAUGAAGAAGUGCUCAACAGAGUUUAGUAGACUUUAUGCGGAGGUGCAAACCACUGUGAGACAUGAGGUCGACUGCAGAGCUGAGACGGUUCUAAAUGGUGUUUUCGGCUCCACUGCAGCGCCUGAAACGAUAUGUUGUUUGCAUAUGUUCACCGCUGCAUUGUCUGAUAUUGUCGAUAUCUACCCAUUCGAAUCUAUAAGUAAAAAGGAAGUUCAUUUCGGAAACUCAUUGGAGUUCAACGCACUCGGAGAGUUGACAACUUUCGCGAAUGUGAUACAGUCGCUUGGUGAAAAACUUAUACGCAUAAUUAAUGAGGAUAAGACUGAAAAACUUCCCCGUACCAUAUAUGGCGACUUCCUUGCUCUCCUUAUCAUUUGUCAAAAAUUGUUUGCGGCAAUACAGGAACCGUCUUUGAUCAGGGUCUUAUUUACUACGUUAUGUGGUAUGUUGGGCGAAAUGCUUGGCAAGAUCUAUGGAGAUGAUUCACGCUUGAAGGAAAUCACUCCAAGUUCUUUGACUGCUUAUUUAGAGAUCGUGGAGAACGUAAAAAGCAAAAUCACGGGUCCUUUCGAUGAUGGUCUCUUGUCCGAUUGUGCCCCGCUAUUGACGAGAUUGAAUGUCCUGCUGCCUCUCGUCCAGAAACGAGUUAUCAGCGUUCCUGGGUUUUUCAAAGUUGACGAGUCCAGUGGAUGUGCUCUCUCUGGCGACGAAGAUGCGUCGUUCAGUUCGCAGACUUCGAGUGCAUCGCAAUCGAGUUCUCGUCCUCGUAGGACAAGGAGAUCUGCAAAAAUCGAAGAAAAUUCUGAACAUUGCGAAGUCGUUCUUCAUAGCUACACUCCUGUAGCUGGUUCGAGUUCUCAGAUUGGAAAGAGGAGAAGUCAAGUCAAUGCCAAUACAAAGGAAACAAAGGUACCUAAGAGGGAAUCCAUCGCUAUGGAGAAAAGUGACGGAAAACCCAGGAAUGUCGACUCCAAAGAAAACCUCUUUGCUGAGUCUCGCAAACCAGAAGAAAUCACUCCCUCCCGUCAAAUAGCUACACCACGAACUAAACGAAGGAUACGUGGUGGCCUCCUCGACGAAGACUCUGUUGACUAUGUACCUAUCGCCUCCAGCGAAUCAGCCAAGAAGAUGAAACUAACUGAUCGGCAGCGAGAGAUGUUCAGUGAAAAGAGAGAUCGAAUGCCUUUUUUGGACGAAGAUUCUCAAAACUCGGCGGUAAUUGCCCAUUUGCCAUCGGAGUUUGACGUGGAGCUAUCGCAGUCAAUCUCUAACUGCCCUGCAAAAAACGAUAAAGCUAUGUCGGACGACACAAUGGUGGUAGAGGAUCAGAUUGAGCGAGAGCAAGGCCUAUUGUUGAAAGAAGCUGCACCGUCUGUAUCUCCAAUGGUAGAUGUCAAAGCUGAAAAAGUUGUUGAGGAGAAGACUAGCUCGAGGAGGAAACCGAAGUUGAAACUAAAUUUUGAUCAGAUACAACACUGCGAAAAUAGCUUAUCCAGCCCUGUGUCCAAUGUCGCCUCUCGAAACGAGAAUUCUAACGAAGUUGAAAUGUCGCGAAAAUUGUCGGAUUUGCAAACUGCUUGCUACAGCUCCAUCGCCGAUGAGGUUUCCAGUAGAGAGUCAACUGCACAGACCGUAGAGAAUGACAGUGAUGAGAACGUGGAGAACGAUGCGCCCUUGGGGUGCCGUCGUUCAAGAAAAAAGAGCAAUCCGUCCAAAUACGUGGCCCAGAAAAGAAGGGAAUCCAUAAAGAUUACUGAGAAGGAGAAAAGAACAUUGCAGUCACCAAGUACAAAGAUAAAGGAAUCCUCUGGCAAGGUGGUCGAUGAGGAAAUACCGAAGGAAUUGUCGGCUCCAAAGACGCCACCUCCACUCAGUCAAGAAGAGAUUGCUCAGCAAAAUAAUGAAACUCCUAUUUUACGGGAAAUAGACGAAGUUUUGAAUGUCAUCGAUUCGAAAAGAAGAAGUGCAGAUGGAAGCUCAGACGAAAAAAAUCUGGAAACAGCCGUCACUGAGACACCAGAAAAACAGAAUACGGAAACAGAGAAAAUCGCUGCUACACCCAUUCAUACUUUGGUUCAAAAAAUUUCCGGAACACCUGGGAUAUUGAAGAAGGUGGAUAGCCCCUCUACAGCUGAGAAGAAGCUUCGAAGAGUACAUUUUGGAGAUGCCCUGGAGAAUAAUGAACCUCAUGCUGUUAAUGAUGAUCCUGUCAAAGUGAUCGCAUUAGAUGAUCAUAUUCCUGUAUCCCCGAAGGGAGUGAUGAAGAAACCCACACCAAGGCGACCAUUUUUCCAUCUUCAGACGACAUUUGAACAGGUUUCGAAGGUAGCCGCUUUACCCAAUGAAAGCAUCGCCGCUUCUCCAGUCAAAAGCGAAGCGGACUCUGCUAGCUCCGCUGAUGACGAGCCAAUAUUCCCUCGUCUUGCAGACUGCCAGGAGUCUAUAGGAAGAAUAGUUGGAAGACUUCUAUCUAUAUCAUCUACUAGCAGUGCGAUAGCGGCGCGUAAAUCACUAGAAGCGCAAGGCAUCGUCAAGAUUUGUGAUCUUGCUUCUAAGUCCCGUCGUGAAGUGUCUUUGUUGAACAUCAAGAAACCACGGAUCGAAACAGCGUUUCGAACACUGUCGCAAUUCGCUCGUGAGCAUCUGAAGUCUGAUACAACGCCCACGCUUGUUCAAGAUUCACUUUCAAAGCAGGAGUCUUUGACGGAACCCGUGGAGGUGCAGGAGGAUGUUGAUCUAGAAUUUCUUCGACAGAACUCCACGGUACCCGCUGCAUCAACAACUGUCGCUAUUCCCGAAAACAGUGAGGCGGAGCUGCAUAUUGCUGAAAGUGAUGGAGUCGAGGCGAUUGAACGUCCUCCUCUUGCACCCGAGUAUUCCACGGAGAAUGGGAUGGAUAUCGACAUGAGGGAAGUUGAAGCUGAGAAUAUCGAGGAACCAAUAAUCGACGAGAGGAAGACCUUGUUUGAUGCUGUGAGAGAAGCUUAUGGCCGUGUCGAGGCUGAGAUGGAGAAAGAUGGAGCUACUGCUGAUCUUGUGAGGCUAAGGCGUACAGCGUCAAAAGCAGCUCGUGCUCUCCUUGACAUUGUUACAUGUCCCUACGCUGGUCCCACAUCCAACCAUCGCCCCAGGCGAGCUACGUUCUACAACAUGGUUCAACCUACGCACAGCCCAACUACAUCUAUCAAACCAGAUGCAACAUUCCAUGUGAACCAUCUACGAUAUUACGCUUCCAACACAGUCGCUAUGCAGUUGGUCAGAUUGCAUCACAUCUUCGUCCUCGCGCAAGUUCGACGGCAGGAAGGUGGAGCAGUAGCAGCCGGAUACUAG